AUGACUGCCAUGGAGUCCCCAUUCCAGGUGCUGGACAAGAUUUCAUCCCUGAACCAGGCGCAGGAGAGAGCAAUCGCCCUGCUGCGGAUUCAGCUGCAGACCGGCCUCGGAGCAGAAGAGCAGGAGGUGAGCGACGAUGGCGCCGUGCCCUCCGAGCGAUGGGAAGCUCUCCCCAAGACCUCGCAGACCUUGGAGGUUGCCGAGGCCGAGGCAUUCGAGCGGCCAGGGCCGCCCGACCGGGCGUUGUCCACGUCCAGGACGAAGGCUCUAUGCAACAUCGACCUGGCAAACUUGGCCCUGCGCGAGGUCUGGAAGACCGCCUUUCAGCGCCCCACCUUCGUGGUCGAGGAGUUGAAGGAAGAGACGGCCAGGGUGGUGCACCACUCGUCCUUGAAGAAGGCCGCGCAGGAGGCUUCGGGCGAGAGGAAGCCGUGCGCCUUGAUUCUGUCUCCCAAUGAUCACCUGCGUGUCGCCUGGGAUCUCACCGGCAUGCUGCUCCUCUUCUACGACAUCAUCGCGAUCCCGCUCACUGCGUUUGAUCCCGACCCAGAGACGUUCACCCAAGUGAUGGAUUGGACUACGCAGAUUUUCUGGACUUGGGAUAUUGUCAUGUCCCUCAUAACGGGGUACGUUUCUGAAGGCGAAAUCGUGUUUCGUCCGUGGCUGAUCUGUCUCAAUUACCUGAAAACGUGGUUUAUUCUGGACAUGGCCGUUUGCGGCCCUGACUGGGUAUCCACCUUCGUGGAGCUGUCCAGCGUGGACGUGACUACGGACCCUGGCGGGGUGAACCGGCUCCUGCGCUCUUUGCGCGUGGUGCGAACGGUGCGCCUUUUGCGACUGGUAAAGCUGAAGCGGAUCCUAGCCAUGAUCAAGGAUCGCAUCACCUCGGAGGCAGUCUUCAUUCUGGUGAACAUCUGCAAGUUGAUCGUGAUGCUUCUCCUGGUGAAUCACUUCAUAGCCGCUGCGUGGUACUUGCUUGGUACAAUGGGCGAUCCGAUCAACAACUGGCUCGAUGUCUACGACAUGCGCAAAGAUAGUGCCAACCUGGGAUACCGCUACAGCACCAGCCUGCACUGGUCCUUGACGCAGUUUACGCCAGCAUCGAUGGAUGUGCACCCGCAAAACCUGGCCGAGCGCAGCUUUGCCAUCCUUGUCUUGAUUGCCGGCUUGGUGCUUUUCUCGUCCUUCAUCAGCUCCAUCACUGGCUCGAUGUCGCAGCUGCGGAACAUGAAAGCGGACAAGUCCAAGCAGUUCUGGCUGCUCCGUCGCUACUUGAAGCAGCAGAACGUGCCCCGGGACUUGUGCUUCAGAGUCCUGCGCUAUAUCGAAUACGCAACUGCCAACGUGCACGAGAGGGUGCCCGAGGGGAGGAUUACGAUCCUGAAGAAUUUGACGGAGCAGCUGAGGAACGAGCUGACUUUCUUCACGUACUACCGGUGCUUGAAAGCCCAUGCGCUGUUCAAGCAGAUUGAUACCAUGAAUCAGGCCAUCCUGAUCAGUAUGAGCUCGCAGGUGCUGCGCUCCCUUGACCUCGCCGCCGGGGAUCCGCUCUUCAGUGUGGUUGAUGUGCCCUACGAGAUGUUCUGGAUCCAGAAAGGCGUCAUCCGCUACGUCCUUCAGGACUUGACCAACGGACGCCCAGGAGCCUCAGCCGCUUUACCACCUUUACCACUGCGACGCAGGACACUGAAAACACCGUGCCGCCAGGGAGAGUACCUUUGCGAGGUUGCGCUCUGGAGUCCCUGGGCGCACGUGGGCAAUGCGCAGGCGGUGGCUGAAGCCAACCUGGUGUGCAUUGACCAGGCCCUCUUUUGUGAGGUCGCGCUGAAGGACGUGGAUCUUGGUCAGAUUGUGACCCUGUAUGCGCGCAGGUUCUUGGAGUUUAUGUCCGAGGAAGGCAGCCCUUGGAUUGAGAUCAGCAACCAGGAGGCCAAGGAUUUCAGCCAGAGCUUCUUCAGCGCUGACUAG